AAACAACACGUAUGAAAAUAUAGGCGUGGCUUCUGUACGUCAUCAAAAGGGGUCAGGAAAAUUCUGCGCACACGUGAAAACAAGCUUGUGUUAUUUUGACGAUUCUCUUUAGUAAGUUUUGAGAGAAAUUGGUCAUUUUUAAGAGGCUGAAUAGCGUCGGGUGUUUAGUUUCAUUUAGUUUGUGAAUUUGAAGCCGUCAUGUGUCAAGUUGAGGAGGAUUAUAAUGGUCUGGAGUGUAAACAGGAGAAGAUACCUGUGCCGACGCUUAACAGGAAGUGUAUGAAAUGUAAGGAGGGAACGGCUGUGCUCAUCAUCCGUGUCAGUGAUGCAUUUUGCCGGUCCUGCUUCAAGGAGUACUUCAUACACAAAUUUCGAGCCAUGCUGGGAAAGAAUCGUGUCAUCUUUCCCCAGGAGAAGGUUCUUCUUGCUGUUUCUGGUGGCGCAGCCUCUUGCUCGAUGCUCGCACAAGUUCAAGAGGGGCUGAGUCGGGAUGCUCCCAAAAAGUUGAGAUUUAUGCCUGGAAUCAUAUACAUUGAUGACGGCGGCGCUUGUGGGCGGAGUCCAGAGGAGCGGCAGAGGUCUGUAGAUCAGCUGAAGAGCAUCUUCACAGAGACGGGCUUCCCUUACUUUAUAGUUCCUCUGGAGCAGGUUUUCAGUCUGCCCACCUCUGUUCUGGUGCCUGGCACGUCUGAUCCAGACCCGUCCAAUCCCAGCUAUAAACAAGCUGUGGAUCAGUAUAUCAAAGAGAAACAGAAGCUGACAGAAGAGGAAGCAGCCAGUGCAGUGGCUCAGCUCCGUAUAGAGGAGUCUGUAUGUUCACCUGAACACAAGCUGGCGUUAGAGAGGCUGUUCUCAUCUCUGAACACGCUGACAGCCAAAGAAGAUAUGCUACAGACCUUAAGGCAGCACCUGAUUCUGCACAUUGCCCGUGAGAACGGCUACUCGAAGGUCAUGAUGGGCGAUAGCUGCUCACGACUGGCUGUCAAACUGCUCAGUAAUAUCGCUCUGGGCCGCGGAGCAGCGCUGGCUUCAGACACGGGUUUCUCCGAUCCUCGGUACGGGGAUGUGGUGAUAGUGCGGCCCAUGAGGGACUAUUCAUCCAAAGAGAUCGCCGCCUACAGCAGGAUGUUUCAUGUGCCCUCAGUUUUUAUCUCGGGACUGGAUACCAAGACCCACGAUAAAGCCAGCAUCCAGCGGCUGACGGAGAGUUUCGUCACCAACCUGCAGGCUGACUUCCCCUCCACGGUUAGCACCAUCUACAGAACUAGUGAGAAGCUUCACACAGUCAUGCCCUCUCAAGGUCAAACCACUGAACCUGCCUCCAAGUGUCUGCUGUGUCUCUGUGCUCUCGACACUAACGUAGAUAAAGCUUCUGCCUUCCAUGCCACUUUGGUAUCCGAGCAGCUCUCUCAGGUCAAACUUCAGGACAUGUCCCGUGAUGCACGGUGCUGUGCGGAGGGUCAGGGCUGUGGGACCGGAGGCUGCUGCUCCUCAAAUAGGUCACCUGAACAUCAGGACUUGAAGACACUCUUGUGUUACAGCUGUAGACUCACUAUCAAGGACAUGGGAGCGGUGGACGCUCUUCCACCUUACAUCAUAACAGAGGCGGAGAAACGGCAGAAAAGAUCUCGGAUGAAGAUGGAAAUCAGCGAGUAUCUUUUGGAGGAUGAAGACUAGCAGACAUUUGUUUUGAAAGUGAUAUUUAAAGCCACAUCAUAAAAGUGUCCCACUGUAAUCAUUUCAUUGUCUGUCUCCAUUUGUAAAUGAAUAAAGUUACCAUUUUUAAA